UCUAUGUCUAAACCAAAGACUUGUCCAAUUGACACUUUGAAGCUAGGCUCAUGCGUUGACGUUCUUGGAGGUUUGGUUCACAUUGGAAUUGGAAAAAGUGCCAAAGAAAAGUGUUGUCCAAUUAUAGAAGGUUUAGUUGACCUAGACGCAGCUGUUUGUCUAUGUACCACUAUUAAAGCUAAGCUUCUCAACGUCGAACUCGUUUUCCCCAUAGCUCUUGAGGUUCUCCUUGGUUGUGGAAAGAAACCACCACCUGGCUUUCAGUGUCCCGCCGAAAUAUCGCCUGUUGCAUCACCUCCCGUAGCAAAGCCUCCUACGGCAACUCCACCCAUGGCAAAACCGCCAACCGCAUCACCGCCGAUUGCAAAACCUCCUACCGCAACUCCACCUAUUGCAAAACCGCCAGGUACAACACCUCCUAUCGCAAAGCCACCUAGUGCAACUCCUCCCAUUGCAACACCACCAACAUCUAUGCAUAAGCCAAAUACUUGUCCAAUUAACCCGCUAAAGCUAGGCGCGUGCGUUGACGUUCUUGGGGGUUUGAUUCACAUUGGAAUCGGGAAUAACGCUAAAGAAAAGUGUUGUCCUGUUUUGGAAGGUUUAGUUGAUCUAGACGCAGCCGUUUGUUUAUGUACUACUAUUAAAGCCAAACUUCUCAACAUCAACCUCAUUCUUCCUAUAGCUCUUGAGGUUCUCCUUGAUUGUGGUAAAAAGCCACCAUCUGGCUUCAAAUGUCCUGCCUGAUUAAUAUAGAGUGAUGAGUCUCUCAAUGACUCUAAAGUUUCGUUAUUACGAAUUUGUUGGUUUCGUAUUCUCUUUGGUAACAGGGGUUACUUGCAUGUGUGCAACCUUUAAUUACUUGUAUCAUUUACUACAAUAAAAGGUUCGUUUGUGUUUGAGAUCUCAAA